CGCGCCUCGGCCACGAUGUCGAAGGUGGCGCCGGAUGCCGGCGGGGGUAAACCGCGGAAGGUUGUCAUCCUUGCAACCUGACCCAUCGCGGGGCACAUCGAGAUGAAGAAGAGGGAUCUCGAGCGGGCCAUUCGGGAGAGGCUGGAGCGGGAGUUUCCCAACGAUGAGAUUGUGUUCAAGCACAAGUUCGCGGGCAUGUACCAGACUUGGGCGGAGGUGGAUGGGGCGCCUAGGGUGAAGCAGUGCCUCCCCAUGUACUAUUUUGCGCCGGCGUGCUGUGCCCCAAAGUCUAUCGAGUCGCUCGCGAACGACGUGGCGGUGUCCGUGGGUUGCAACGCGACGACGAAGGACGCGGUCAAAGGGAAGGUGCAGGUGUCCAAGGGUGUGGCGGACGGCACCGUGUGAGGGCGACCCACGGGCGGCUUUAGCGCCGAGAAACGUCCAGACGCGUCGCUCCCCGGUGACGGCGAUAUGAAGGCGGCGGUGGUUUAAGGCUCCGGUGCGAGCUGAACCGCAGCCUGAUCAUGAUGAGCCGGCAGACCGGAGAGCCGAACGCUUGGUGGACAAAAACAGAGGAGGGAUCGUGGCGAAGGGGGGUUGGCACAACAACCGCGCGACGUGUUCAACAUUCCGUGAAAUCUCCACGGGUGUCGACUCCACGGGUGACCUUUCGUGUAUGCCUGGAGCCGACAAUAUGGAUUAAAUCUCGCC